GGAAGUGAGUCGCGUAUCGCUGACGCUUUCUUCCAUUCAGGGUUUUGUCGCGGCAUCCCAAGUGAAACAAGAAAGCUUCUCUCUCUCCACCUUUCACAUUCAAGAUUUUAAUGUUAAAAAAGAGAUGAACAGGUGUAGUCGUGGCUAGCUUCGAGGUAAACCGGGGAGGAAACGGAGCGACGGGGAUGCCGUUGUUGAAUCCACCGUGUGUGUUGUCGGUUUGAGGCGACAGAUGAGCCAUGAUCCCUGUGCCGCUGGUGGUGUGUGUGUUGGGAGGCUGGUGUGCCGUGUACCUCACCGACACUCUCCUCAAGUCGUCUGUGACACACCGGAACAGCUACGAGUCAUGGCUGGCGAGCCGGGGUCUGAUGUUGUCCCCUUUCCAUGUGAGAUGGCAAACCACCAUGUUCAACCGGCUGUUUGCGUACUGUGCCCGCAUCAACCCCCAUGCCCUCUUCCUGUGGUUCAGCAGUGGUCUGGUGUUCGGUGUCAUCGCCAUGCUGGGCUCGGUCCUGCUGCUGAUAAGGACGCUGCAGCAGACGCUGGCUCAGAUGACCACCGACAACCCCCGGAUCGCCGGUCAGCAAGCCCUGCAGGUGGUGGUCCCUGGUGUCAAUCUGCCAACCAGUCAGCUGGCCUACUUCUUCAUCGCCCUGCUGCUCAGCGGAGUCAUACAUGAGCUGGGCCAUGCUGUGGCAGCACUGAGGGAGCAGGUGCGAGUGAACGGCUUCGGGAUGUUUGUGUUUGUUGUGUAUCCCGGGGCCUUCGUCGACCUCUUCACCACUCAUCUCAACCUCAUAUCCCCAACUCAGCAGCUACGCAUCUUCUGUGCUGGAGUGUGGCACAACUUUGUUCUGUGCGUGGCAGCGUUGGCCUUCCUCUUCCUGUUGCCUCUUUUCCUGUUCCCCAUGUACAGCACCGGUGCCGGGGCACUCGUCAUCGAGGUGGUACAGGGCUCUUCGGCUGACGGUCCCAGGGGUCUUUCAGUAGGCGACAUAGUAACAGGGCUGGAGGACUGUCCCGUCAGAGGAGUGGAGGACUGGGCCCACUGCCUGUCCCACCUCUCUCACACCCCACAGACCGGAUACUGUGUCCCCGUCACCAGCCUGCAGCCCAGCUGGGCUCACGGACGAGCUUUUAAGCGGCUGGACGGAACGAUGGACUGCUGCAGCAACAACAGCCUCACAGACCUCUGCUUUUCCUAUAUCAAACCACAAAACAGGAACAUCAAAGAGAGAGAGUACGCCUGCAUGCCGGUGCGUAAGAUGGUAACGGGAACGCGAGUGUGUCGCAGCGACGAGGACUGCAUCACACACUCCCACGCUGCCAGCGUGUGUGUCACCCCCUCUCUGGAGAACCAGACGCGCUUCAUCCGUGUCACACACCCGCCUAACACACACAUGCUGUUUGUGGGAUACCCCCCGCACCUUCAAUACGCUGUGAGCCUGACCAACUUUGUGCCCCGGUUUGGUUUCCUCCACCAGGACCUGCCCGUCUUCUUGGAAACCUUCUGCAAAUAUGUGGUGUCUCUGUCCGGUGCGCUCGCCGUGGUGAACUCGGUGCCGUGCUUCGCCCUCGACGGCCAGUGGAUGCUCAACGCCCUGCUGGAGGCCACGCUCGUCAACGUGGUGACGGAUCGUCAGCGGCGGGAGCUGAUUGGUUUCUUCCUCCUGCUGGCGGGCAGUGCCCUGCUGGCGGCCAACGUGGCGCUGGGGCUGUGGAUGGUCACCGCGCGGUAGCCACAGCAGCGAAGGCACAACCAAGGAUUUUACGUCUUACACAAAAAUAAAUAAAUAAAUAAAUGAAUUUAAUAAAUCAUCCUAUGAGGAAUGAGGCUGCUCAGGAUGUGUUUGGGCCAUGUGGACCAUUCAACUGUGAACAAAGACUGCAUUAUCCGGCAGCACUGCCCAGUUCAAUAAGGCAUGCUGGGAAUUCUUGAGUGGGACUGACUGCCUUCAGGCCAUUGGCCGGAUAAGGGCACAGACUGAUAAAUAAUGCACUUGCUCAUUAGCACUGUCAUAUGUGACUGUGUAAUGAUGGCACAAUCUUUUGAAAGUAAGUGUUUUUUUUGUGUGUGCAUGAGUUUGAGAAGGAGGUGUCUGUCUGCGUUUCAAGGGUUUGAUACAAAAAAAAAAAAAAAAUCAUGUCAGUAUUUCAAAAACAUGGUUCUCUCCUCAGAAAAUAUCACCAGUGUAACCUAAGGCCUGAACAUGACUCAUAUUUUAAUAGUCAUCCAUAAUAUGCUCUAACCUUCUGCCAGAAAUCAUUUUAUAUUAGCUGAUCCCUUUUUUCAUGGUGGAUGUCUCAGUUUAGGAUGAAACUCUGAAACACUGUGGACCGACAGUUGUCUUUCUCUUACUCGGGCAUUGCAGUGGAAGAAUGGUUCUCUAUAAAUUCCUUUCCAAUUUUUUUUUUUUUUUCUUUUUGUCCAUGUGUAUGUUUCAUUUUCACUCUCUCAGACUCUCACUUCUCUUUGUGCUUUCUCUUUGUAAAAAAUUGAAUUGUCAGCCAUGUGGAAUAAAAGGCCGUUCUGACUUAAA